UGGUCUUGCAAUGACCAUGCAUCCUAGUCGUGAUCUGAAACAUUUCUUUUGUUAACAUGAGAUAUAGAUCUUUUCUUUUUGGUUUAAGAGAAAGAGAGGGAAUUUACGUUUCUGUGUAAUGAUAACACUGAGCACGAAAGCAAGAUCAAGCAUAUCAUUCUCAGCAUCUGCUGGUUCUUCAAGUUUUUUUUUGUAGUAUUCUGUAUCAUGUUAAUACAAUUCCAGCUACUUUUCUAUAAGCAAAGUCCUGGUUUCAGAGAAAGCAGAUGAUGAUCCGUUAUUAUUAAUAAUGGAGGAGGUAUGUUCACCAUCAUGAUCACAUGACACGUUGAACACGCUAAUGAAGCCUCACAAUCCCCUGACAUUGUGUAAAAAAUACACACUUGUGUAAAAAUAAUAUAAAAGUAUGCAUGUGCGCGGAUGCGCGCUUUUUUAAACUCACAAUAAGCAAUCAUCAAAACUCUAGUGGAAACAUGAAUCUCUUAUGGCUGAAGAGGAUGCCAAGCCAAGCUCACAUCAUCUUAGUUCUGGUCUUACAAUAACUUGUCAUCCGAGUCAAAAGCAUUAUUCCAGGAACAUAUACUAUUCUGAUCCAAAUACAAAUAUUUAGUAUCUAACUAUUUUCCACGGCCAGUGUGUGUAAUAGAAUUAUGAUAUGGUCAACAAGCCGCCCUAAAUUAUGUUGUAGAUAUAUAAUACCGUUGAGAUAUGGUCAUAUGAACGUCUUGAAAGUUGAAACUGUUUCAGUCACCUAUUUAAUGAAACUACUUCACUCCCUUAUUUAAUGGACGUGAGAUAUUCUUGACCGUUAGAGAAAAUGGUCUGUCUCUUCCUCUUUUGCCGUUGUCCUCUUCAUUGGAACCAUAUUAGUCAUUUAGUGAUGGUGAUGCGUACGAGAAGUCUUGAGACUUGAAACUUACUUCACUCCCUUUAUUUAAAUAGAUGGACUUGGGACAACAUUGAGAUCAUCAGACAAAAAUGGCUUCUUCCUCUUCCGCUGGACUGUUUCCUCCUGAGCCACCGCUUUUUACCGGAGAGUGUAGAAGCUGGGCUGAGCUUCCGUCUGAAUUGACGUCAUUGAUCCUACGCAGGCUUGGCUCGAUUGAUAUAUUGGAAAACGCUCAGAAAGUUUGUACGUCAUGGCGUCGUGUCUGUAAAGACACUGCCAUGUGGCGGAAGAUUGACAUGCGUAACUCUGGAGACUUGGUGUUGAACCUUGAGAUGAUGUGCCGUCACGCAGUUGAUCGUAGCCAGGGAGGAUUGGUUGAGAUUGACAUUUGGCAUUUCGGUACUGAUUUUCUCCUCAACUACAUCGCCGACAGGUCAAGUAACCUGCGAAGCCUUAGACUUGCUAUGUGCUCUCCAAUAACAACCGAUGGACUUACGUAAGCAAUUGUGAAACUUCCAUUGCUUGAAGAACUCGAUGUCUCAUACUGCUCUUUGUCCGGAGAAUCACUGAAAGUUGUAGGGCAGUCUCUUCCUAAUCUGAAGACGCUGAAGCUAAACCGCAUUGGAUUCUUGCGUCCUCGUUACGAGAGUGAUGUUGAUGCCCUAACUAUAGGGGAAACAAUGCAUGGACUUCGCUUCCUUCAGCUUUUUGGAAACAUUCUUGAUAAUUAUCCUGACCUGGAACAUCUUGAUUUACGUUUUUGUUUCAACGUUUACAAUGUCGGAGAUCUGGUUCCGAGGCUAUGUUCGGAGAAGAUCAAAGUUUUGAGACUACCUUAUGACUCGACUGAUGAUUACCCCUAUGCUGGGAAUUAUUACGAAUGGCCUCUCAUGGCAGCUAAUGAUUACUACCAUAGCUUUGCAGGUUAUAGUGACCAUUCUGAUGAUGACUAUUAUUAAAUAUAGCCGACCUGCGCGCCUACCAAGAUGCAUAGGGUUAAUGUGUCUUGCAUCUGCAUAACUCUGUUUUUUAUUUAACUCAAGAAUAUGUUAUUGUUUCAUCUACCUUUUGAGUUUAUUCUGCAACAUUGAAGAAAUCAAGCCCCAAUAGAAAAAUGUUUAAAGCUGCCUCUGAUAAUAAAACCAUACAACAAGAAACGCAAAGAUGUGAACUCUGAUAUUCCAAUAGGGACUUUAACAGGAAUAAUGUUUAUCCUGAAACCAAAACCAAGAGUUCAACAAGUACUAUCACACUGAAGGAAUACGUUUUUCUAUGUGCACAAAUUCAAAACUUACUGUUUAGUUUCUUCAUCACUCUUCUCAGAGGAGAUUGUAGAAGAAGUAAAAAACCUCACUAUUCUGUAACAAAGACACUAUUCUAAGUUUCUUAACCGUAGUCUAUACAUCAAGAAAUAACACAAUCAUGC